UUACAUCAUGUGAUGGUGGAAUUAUAGAAGAUGUUAAAAAAACAAAAAAUACUUCAACACUAAAAGCAUGCCUCUCCUCUCCAGUGGUUCAGGGGUAUUUCAGAGUGGAUGCCUCUGCAGUGCAGUUUCACAUAGAGAGUCACAAGAACACAUCCAAGGGAUGGUCAAUAUGGUUCCUCAACCACUUUGACCGAGGUGUUGUAUUAAAGGAUGUUUUUGUUUCCAAGGAGACCAAGCACAUUUUAAAGAUUCUGAAUUUCACUGGCCCUUUAUUUCUACCUCCAGGCUGUUGGAAUAUAUUUUCUUUGAAACUUGCUGUUAAAGACAUUGCCAUAAAUCUGUUCACCAAUGUCUUUUUGACUACAAACACAGGUGCCAUUUUUGCAAUACCUCUUCAGAUUUUCUCAGCACCAACCAAGGAAGGGAGUCUGGGUUUUGAAGUGAUAGCACAUUGUGACAUGCAUUAUUUCAUGGGAAAAUCAAAAGCAGAAAAUCUUACUUGGGCUGGGAGCCUUUCUCUGGAUCGGUCUACCUGGAGUAUGGAUUUUGAACUUGCAAAUAAAUUGUAUGAAAGAUGGAAGAAAUAUAAAAAUGGUGAUGUCUGCAGGAGAAAUGUUUUAGGAGUGACUCGGUUUGCCCACUGGAAGAAAUCCAAAGAGUCAGAACUCUUUGUUUCCUUUUUGCCUCGUUUAGUCGUGAAGCCUGGUCUUGUACUAAACUUCAGUGCUACUGCCCUCAGGAACAGUGUGGUGAAAUACUUCCUAGUGAGGAACCCGUCUUCUCUGCCAGUCUCCUUGCAACUCCUACCUCUCUCCCUGUACCCCAAACCGGAAGCCGCUGUGCGCCUGCUGCACAAAUGGUUUGGCACCGAUAUGCAGGUGGUUAAUUUCACAACUGGUGAAUUCCAGCUCACCAAAGCUUGUCCUUACCAGGGUGUGCAUUCUGAGGAAUCCAGGUUUGGCACUCUCCACUUGGAUUUGCAGCCUUUGGAAAUGAAAAGGGUUGGUGUAGUUUUCACACCAGCAGACUAUGGAAAAGUUACCUCACUCAUACUCAUCCGGAAUAACUUGACUGUUCUCGACAUGAUUGGUGUAGAAGGAUUUGGAGCAAGAGAGCUACUGAAAGUGGGAGGAAGACUUCCUGGUGCAGGAGGUUCGCUCCGAUUUAAGGUGCCUGAGUCCACACUGAUGGACUGUCGUCGACAACUGAAAGACAGCAAGCAAAUUUUAUCUAUCACGAAGAACUUUAAAGUUGAAAAUAUUGGUCCUCUUCCUAUAACUGUGUCAUCGCUGAAAAUCAAUGGGUAUAAUUGCCAGGGUUAUGGAUUCGAAGUGCUGGAUUGUCACCAAUUUUCCCUGAGCCCAAACACAUCCCGUGACAUUAGCAUUGUGUUUACCCCGGACUUUACCUCUUCCUGGGUCAUCCGUGAGCUGACACUGGUAACUGCAGCAGACCUAGAAUUCCAUUUCACUCUCAAUGUGACCCUUCCUCAUCACCUGUUGCCCUUGUGUGCAGAUGUGGUUCCAGGGCCCAGCUGGGAGGAGUCCUUUUGGAGGCUCACAGUCUUCUUUGUCAGUUUGUCCCUGUUGGGUGUGAUUUUAAUAGCCUUCCAACAAGCACAGUACAUUCUUAUGGAAUUUGUGAAAACAAGACAGAGGCAAAAUGCUAGUUCCUCUUCACAGCAAAACAGCAGUCCAAUGGAUGCAGUCAGCUCCCAUUCUCACAAAAAUAAUUGCAAGAACUUUCUCGACACGUAUAGCCCCUCUGAUAAAGGCAGAGGGAAAAGCUGCGUUCCAGUGGGCACACCCCAGAGCAGGAACCAGAAUGCUGCCAAGCGGAGCCCAGCCACCUACAGUCAUUCUCAGAAGAAGCACAAGUGCUCAGUCUAUUACAGUAAGCACAAAACCAGCACAUCCGUGGCUAGCAGUGCCAGCACUACUACUACUGAGGAAAAGCAGACCUUGACCCCAGGUGUCUCCCUGUCUGCUGCUAAGGAGGACGUUUGCACUGAUGGCGUGAGUGAGAACUGGGUCAGCCUCAAAUAUGCAAGUGGCAUGAAUGUCAACCUGCAGAAGAAUUUAACUCUCCCCCAAAAUUUAUUGGAUAAAGAGGAAAACGCACUGAAAAACACAAUUGUUUUCAAUAAUACUUCUUCAGAAUGUAGUAUGAAGGAGGGAAUACAGACAUGUAUGUUUCCUAAGGAAACUGACAUUAAAACUUCAGAAAACAUGGCUGAGCUCAAGGAGCAAGAGCUCUGUCCACUAAAGACCUCUAAGAAGCUACCUGAAAAUCCUUUGCCAAGAACUUCACCUCAGUACCACCAGUCAGACUUGCCAGAAGUUUCCAGGAAACAUAAUGGAAAUAACCAGCAAAUGCCUGUCAAGAAUGAAGCAGACAGCUGUGACACUUUGAAAAAGCUUGACACAAAGUCUUCUUCGGAGAAGAAGAUACACAAAGCAUCCAAAGAAGACAUGUGUUGUGAGAAACAGGACAUGCCUUUGUUGGAGCAAGAAGAUCCUUACAGAAAAAAGAAACUUCAGGAGAAAAGAGAAGGAAAUGUACAAAAUUUAAACUGGAAUAAAAAUCGAACAUGUAGAAAAAACAAGAAAAAGGGUGUUGCUCAGACCGCAAGACCUGAACAGAGUGAGCUAAAACUUGUGUGCAAUGACUUUGAGAGGUCGGAACUGAGUGGCAACAUUGACAUAAGAAGCUGGUGUGUACAGGAAAAUACCGGAGAAAUUUGUAAGAUAGAUUCGAAAAUUGUAAGCAGCUCACCUAUGCUGGGAGAAGCAGAGGGUUUCUACCAGAAGCCCGAGAAGAAGCCGGUGGACAAGUUUUGCUCAGACUCCAGCUCUGACUGUGGCAGCUCCUCAGGUAGCGUGCGUGCCAGCCGGGGCAGCUGGGGCAGCUGGAGCAGCAGUGGUAGUUCCGAUGGUGACAGGAAGCCUGCUGUGGAUGUGCAGCAUUUCCUGCCAGCCGGUGAGUCCCAUGCUCAGAGAGAUUUUCCUUCUGAAGCUCCCAUCUCCUUGAACCUGUCUCACCACAUCUGUAAUCCCAUAGAUGUGAGUAACCUCCCUCGGUACGUAGAGCCCUCCUGUCCCAGCCUUCCUGCCGGGCCCAUGGGUGUUGAAGGAGAUAAAGGUCUGUACUCAAGUGGAGACCUGUGGUCCCCUCAACCAGUGUGUCUGACCAGCAGUUUCAACUGCCCUGUGGAGAGCAGCACACCUGGUGUGGCGCAGGAGCCCACCGCAGUCCAUAACAGUUUCAUUGACUGGAAUGCAACUUGCGAAGGCCGGUUUCCCAAUGUGUACUGCCCAUUGGAAAUGAAUGAUUACAAUGCCUUUCCAGAAGAAAACAUGAAUUACACCAAUGGCUUCCCCUGUCCUGCAGAAGUUCGGACUGACUUUAUUGACCACAACUCUCAUUCUACCUGGAAUACCCCACCCAACAUGCCCACUACCUGGGGACAUGCCAGUUUCAUCAACUCUCCGCCCUACCUCACCAGCACCCGAAGCUUGUCUCCAAUGUCUGGACUUUUUGGCUCCAUCUGGGCCCCACAAAGUGAUAUGUAUGAGAACUGCUGCCCCCUCAGUCCCACCACGGAACAUUCGACCCACAUGGAAAACCAGGCCGUCAUGUGCAAGGAGUACUACCCAGGCUUUAACCCAUUUCGUGCCUACAUGAACCUGGACAUAUGGACUACCACUGCAAAUCGCAAUGCAAACUUCCCGCUGUCCAGAGACUCCAGCUACUGUGGGAAUGUGUGAAGAGAAUCGGCUUCCGACAGUGUGAAUAAAGAGGCUUGUGUUUUGAUUGCUAGUGUAAAGUGGUUGUUGAGGUAGAUUACAACAUUGGUGGAUAUUUUGGCACUUUUAUAUGAAAAUAAAUUUUUUAAUGAAAUCUUGGUGCUCUAUUUUUUUAACCCUUCAUAAAUUAGUCGUAGAGACUCAGCAUCCAAAUGUUCACAAUUUCCAUAAUUGCAGAAGUGUAUUAGACAUGCCUAGUGUUCUAAAUCAGAACCAGAGAGACUUCUGAGAAGGUAAGAGUGGAAGGAAAUGGCUAUGGUUUCUCUUCCCGGAGCAUCAGAACCACCAGGGAAUGUUAAAAUGAAGCCGCUUGGGUGCCAUUCCUAGAGAUUCAGGUUUAGUGGAUCUGUGGCUCAGGUGAUCAGGAGUUUGAAGAGUUCUCCACGGAACUCUGUCAUGUGCAGCCAGGGUAGGGGACCAUUGGUGAGGAAAGGCCAGCUUAAUAGGAGUCACAUUCUGAAUAGAUGCUGCUCAGGGGACACAGAGCUGCUUCCCGGUCCUGGUGUGUCUUAGCUGCUGGGUGGAAGCGGAGAGGACUGAGUGCUCUUCUGUCAGUCUCCUGCUGAAGAUUGUCCCUAACGAGCUGCCUGCCAGUGGUGUACUUUACCCUCAAUACCAGUGCUUAGGGGGUGUUGGGGAGUGGGUACAUGUUUGCCACACCAGCUGUAUCUGCUAGUCAUUGACUUUAGAAGUC